CCUCGGGAAACUCUGAUGCAUUUCGCAGUGAGGCUGGGCCUGCUGCGGCUGACGUGGUUUCUGCUCCAGCAGCCAGGUGGAAGAGGAGCUCUCAGCAUCCACAACAAUGAAGGGGCAACGCCUGUAAGCUUGGCUUUGGAGAGAGGUUACCAGAAGCUGCACCAGCUUUUGACAGAAGAGGAAGCCAAGGAGCCGGACUCCUGGAGCACCUUGUCUCACACCGUGCACUCGGGGGACUACAGCGUGAAGCACCACCGCGGGCUCAACGUUUACAUGCUGACAGCGGACGCCAGGGAGGGGGCAGCAGCCAGCCUGGAGAGUGACAUACAGCACCUCCAGAUGCACAUGCAGAGCCACCAGCACAUGAGUUUAAGGCAGCAGACAGAGCCUGUACUGGAAGAACCUGCAAACAGCUGUGUGAAGGAAGCAGAACCAGAUGCUCACCCAACCACUACCUCUCAGAGCCUGGAAGAAAUGGCAAGAGGAGGGCAGGAAAGUCCAUCCAAUCUUGUUCAGCUGGACAUGGGGCAGCUCUCAGACCAAACCCGCCAGGAGAAAUGCAACAGCAGGAGUUUGGGAGCUUUUAAUGAUGCACCAAAUGACUUCCUGAGCCUGGGGCAUGCAGAGAGCCCAGAGUGCUUCUGUGGAAGUAAAAACACAGAGACGUUGAGUAGAAAGGAAGAGGAGGGGCCAGCAUGUGCUGAAGGCUCAGGGACUACAUCAGAGGAGAAGGACUGCACAGUGAGCCCGUGUGCAAGUGUAAACGGUGCCAUAAAUCUUCCCUCCUGUGGAAAUACAAAUGAGGAAGCUGGAAUGACAUCUGCUGGAGUCGUUGUGGAUCAGGCCGGCUUGUGCAGCAAAGAUAGUGCCCGUCAGGAAGCGCAGGCUGCUGAGGAGCGUGCAGCUGGCAGUGCUGGUGCUGUGGUUGAAACUGCAGGAGAAGCCCCAGCUUCUUUGGAGGGUGUGGAUGUGGCUAUGGGCCAGACUGAAUGCAGGAACUGUGCAGGGGCAGCUGAGAGAGCUGUGGGCCAGCAGCAGGUAAAAGAUGGGAUGGCUGAGGCCGGUGGAAGGAGGACUGCAAACCUAGAGCAGCGAUCUCCAGCUAAGGAAGAGUCAACCAGUGCUGCUCAGCCCCUCCUUGGCUCUUUCAAUGGCACCAAGUGUGCAGAUGAGGAGGAUGCAGAUGUGGGAGUGGCACCAGCGCGUGGCGGGAUGGAUGCAGACAGUGCCACUGGCAAUGCCUCUGCUGACCUUUGCAAGACCAGUGGUAGCAAAGAGCAUGGAGCAGACUCAUGCACUGAUCAGGUAAAUGGUGACUUCUUGGAAAGCAAAAGUGAUUCCAGUGUCACAGGAGGACAGGAUGUCACUGAAAGCACAGGGGCAGUGUUGCCAGCAGUGAAUGGGGUGAAGGUGCCCCCGUGUGCAUCAAAAUCUGGUCCUGGCUUGCAAAUCCGUGGCAGCAGGAAACAAGAAGGACAACUGGAAGCAGGUUGCACAGAUGGGAAAUCCAGCCUGCUCUCUCUGACAGACAGUAUGGAAACUGAUGGCACUGAGGCUAAGCCUGCAGAUGAUGAUACCGCUGGAUUUAACCAAAGCGGUGCAAAACCUGUCUGUCACCAGGAAAGCAGUAAGAUCACUGAAUGUGUGGCUGAGGCAAUGGAAGGCAGUGGAGCCUCUGAAGAGGAGCCAACAGGAACUGAUACCAACAGCAGCAGAGAUGGAGGAAGCAGUGAUUCUGCAGAUGGAGGUCAGGAAGUUGCUAGCUGUCAGCCUUCUGCUUGUCACACUGCUGUUGAAGAUGAAAUGGGCGACAGCUUAAAACCGGACGCUGCUCAAGAGAGCAAACGUGAGCCUGCAUCACUCCCUCCAGAGGGUGUGAACACAAGUUUGGCAGAGAAAGAGCCUGUACAAACUGGAGCAGAGAGAGCAGAAAGUGCUUCAGAGCAGGAGGAGCUGUGUGGUGAGGUGAAACCACUCACUCCACUGCCCACAGGAGAGGGGCCGGCUGCGAGUCAGGAGGGAGAUGCUGCAGUGGCACCUCCCGGGCAGGAGCCAGCUCUGCAAGGUAAUGACCCUGGCUUAGCAAUGUGUGCCAAGGGUGCAGACUGUGCAGAGGGUAAUUUAAUAGACACACCCUCUGUAAUUCAUAAUGAGGAAUCUAAACAAAACCAGGAAGCGGUGGUGGUGGCGGCAGAGCUCGCCCAGCAGCACGGCAGGGAGCAUGGCAGGGUAGCUGCCAGAGCCAGCUGGCGUGGGGACCAUGAAGGGGACAAGGGCUCUCUGGAGCAGAGCCUCUCACACCAAGCUGAAAGAGACAAAGCUGAGCCUGAGCAGGAGGCUUGUGCAAGUGGCAGGGAGCAGGUUUUGUCGGAGGUACUUCUUGAGGCUGUUGUGAAACCCUCUGCCUGCAGUCAGGAGGGGCCUGUGGCAGGCAGCAGCAACGCGGAUGCUGGAGUGAAAGGGACAGUCUGUGCCAAAGAAGUGUGCGAGGCUGGGGCACUGGGUGCAGGAGAAGGCACCAUGCACGGACCUGCACCAGCGGGCAAGUCACAGGAUGUGGAAAGCUCCUCACCCAGCAGCACCCCUGAAUUAAAGCAUGCUUCAGAAACGGGAGCCCCGAGUGAUGUCUGUGAGGGCAAGGAAGAGUCAAGGCCAGUGACAAUAACUCCCGUCGCAGCGUAUCCGGAGCAGCAGGAGGAGACGGAAAACCUGCUUCCCCGGGCGGCCCUGCAGCCCAUUGCAGAGGAGCCCAUGUGUGACAGCGACUCCAGCACCGACACCAUUUGCCCAGCUGCUGAGAGUGAUGCUGGUCCCUCUGCAAAAGCAGCUCAGGAGGAGGCCUUGCCUGAGCCUGAGGGCAGGCAGAGUCGAGCUGUACCUGAAUUUCCCUUCGGUGAUGUUGAGGCAGCUGUGCUGGAAAAUGUGGAAGUAAAGAGCUUGGAUUCAGCAGGUGAUGGCUCCUCUCUGGAUAAAGUCCCUAAAAUGGUAAAAAGUUUGGAUGCAGUGGUGUUUGCAGCAGAGACACCUUGUUCCCCCGAAUUACUAGCUGCAGGGAAAGAGGGUCUGGAGCCACAGGCUGCAGUGGAUAUGGGAGCCAGCCUUAAUGGAGAGAUUGAUUUAAGUUCCUCAGCGAAGAAGAAGAAUAUCAACCCAGCACUGCAACAAGCUGAGUCUGGUGCAGGGAAGCUGGAAAUGAAAACCGAAGACGAGGUGGAUUUUCUGAAAGGUGGUGACGAGAGCACAGCCCACGAGGAAGUGAUAAACCGUGGGAGCUGGUGUUCCCUGGAGCCAUGCCCUGAUUCUGCCCUGCUGGAGCGCAAGCGGACACGGGAGUCAACAGAAUGUGAGAGCUUCUUGGAGGAUGGGCUGAGUAGCGUCUGUGCUUCGUCACAGAGUCACCUUAAAAGAGAGUCUGGGAGCGAGUCUGACCUCUUCCCCUUGUCUGGUGAUGGGAUGGAAGACCUCGUCUUUGGCAAGCCCGAAGAGGAGCAGUCUGCUUGUGAUAUCACCAGCUCCAGUUCCUCUGCGGAUGAUACCAUGUCCCUGGAGAGGAACUCAUCCCUAGGCAGCGACACAUCCCUUCCCUUCCCACCAACAGUGAACUUUGUCCAGCCCAGGGACAGGCACAGCCUGGAUGGCAGCUGCACCAACAUGGUGGCCACAGAGGGAGGAGAGAAGGAAGAGGAGCUGGACAGCAUCACGGACGUGCCCACUCACUCCUCUGUUCUACGAAACUCCAUGCGGCCACUGUCACCCUUCCGUCGGCACAGCUGGGGGCCAGGGAAGAAUUCCACCAAUGAGGCAGAAAUAAAUCAGAGGAGUUCAAUGCGAGUUCUGGGGGAUGGUAUAAAGAAGCCUCCCAUUCAUAGGAGAAGUUUGAGCUGGUGUCCCUCUGGCGUACAGUUCAUUUCCAUGGGUCCUGACUUUACUUGUAGAAGUUACAGCCUAGAAGGCCUUGCUGGAGACUCUGGUGAGAACAAGAAGCCCUCUGCAAACUUGGAGGCUUCUUGUCUGAGCUCCAAAGACCUCAGACGAAGUCCACUUGCCAGCAAUCAGUGUGGAUCCCUGGUCUUGCUCACUGAAGAACUUGAGCAAGGAGAAAUCAGAGAGUACAACCACCAGAUGCAUCAAACAUCACAGCCGCAAGGAUUUAAUUUCUGUUCUUCUGCUGUUUCAUCUCCGCUGACCAAAUCUAUGUCUCUCAUGUCAAUUAGUAAACCAGUGCUGGACAGUACACAGGCAUUCGGCGGCCCCGCGGGUUCCCCGGUUCAGAGCAUCUCUGAAGAAAGCAACAGUGUCCCUGCUGGAAAAAGUGUAACAAAAGUCAGUCGCACCUUCAGCUACCUCAGGAAUAAAAUGUCCAGCAGCAAGAAGAGCAAAGAAAAAGAGAAAGACAAAGAGAAGACUAAAGAGAAGGACAAAGAUUCCAAGGAGAAGGAAAAAGACAAGAAGCUGUUAAAUGGACAUCUCUUCACUGCAACCUCUGUUGUAGCCCAAGCAACCUGUUACCACUGUAUGAAGCCUUUCAAUAAGGAUUCGUACUACUGUGCAAACUGCAAUGCAAUUGUUCACAAAGGCUGUAAGGAGAGUUUCUCUUCUUGUGCAAAGGUCAAAAUGAAGCCACAGAGAGGGAUGCUGCAGGCACAUGAUACCUCUUCAUUACCCACAGUCACCAUGAGGAAUAAAAGCUCCCAGCCGAAGGAGCGCCCUCGGUCUGCCAUCCUUGCUCCUGAUGAGAACACUGUGACCUCAAUAUUCAACAACAGGAGAUCACAGCAGACUGCAGCUCUUUCCAAGAGUGUCUCAAUACAGAACAUUGCAGGGGUUGGGAAUGAUGACAACUUAAUACACACUUGGAAAUUCCUGUCACAGUCAACAGACUCCUUACAUAAAAUCAGCCGGGUGAAUGAAUCCAUGGAGUCACUGGUUGAUGAAGGUGCAGACAUGAACGAGGGACAGCUGAUGGGAGACCUGGAAUUAGAUUCCAAGCAACUGGAGGCAGAAUCCUGGAGCCAAGUAGUGGACAGCAAGUUCCUACAUCAGCAAAACAAAGAUGUUGUCAAACGGCAAGAUGUCAUUUAUGAGCUAAUGCAGACAGAAAUGCAUCAUGUCCGCACCUUGAAGAUCAUGAAUGACGUGUACAGUGCAGGAAUGCUGGAGGAGCUGCAGUAUGAUCAACAAGUGGUGGACAAGAUCUUUCCAUGCCUGGAAAACUUGCUGCAAAUCCACAGUCACUUCUUCCAACGAAUUCUGGAAAGGAAGAAGGAAUCCCUGGCAGACAAAAGUGAAAAGAACUUUGUUAUCAAGAGGAUAGGUGACAUCCUAGUGAAUCAAUUCUCUGGUGAGAAUGCUGAGCGAAUGAAGAAAACCUAUGGCAAAUUCUGCGGGCAUCACAAUGAGGCAGUGAAUAACUUCAAAGAUCUCUACUCAAAGGACAAGAGGUUUCAGGCAUUUGUCAAGAAAAAGAUGAGCAGCGCCCUGGUGAGGCGUCUGGGGAUUUCUGAAUGUAUCUUGUUGGUUACACAGAGAAUCACAAAGUACCCAGUUCUUCUACAAAGGAUACUGCAGUACACCAAAGAAAACGAAGUGGAGCACGAGGACUUGACUCAGUCGCUAAACCUCGUUAAAGAUGUGAUUGCUGCAGUCAACAGCAAAGUCAGCAACUACGAGAAGAAGAUGCGUCUGGGGGAGAUCUACAGCCGCACGGACAGCAAGUCCAUCAUGAGGAUGAAGAGUGGCCAGAUGUUUGCCAGGGAGGAUCUGAGGCACCGGAAGCUGAUCCGAGAUGGGCCUGUGUCACUAAAAAGUGCAGCCGGACGCUUGAAGGAAGUCCAGGCUGUUCUCCUCUCUGACAUGCUCGUAUUCCUUCAGGAGAAGGACCAGAAGUAUGUCUUUGCCUCACUGGACCAGAAAUCCACUGUGAUCUCUCUGAAAAAGCUGAUUGUACGAGAAGUGGCUCACGAAGAGAAGGGUUUGUUCCUGAUCAGUAUGGGUGUGAAAGACCCUGAAAUGGUGGAGGUCCAUGCCAGCUCCAAAGAAGAGCGCAACGGCUGGAUACAGAUCAUUCAAGACACAAUGAACACCAUGAGCAAAGAUGAAGAUGAAGGAAUCCCUUGUGAGUCUGAGUUUGAAAAGAAAGUGUCAGAUGCAAAAGUGAGAGGACUGAAAGAACAACUUCAGCAGAAGGAUAAGCAGAUCCUCCUCUUGCUAGAGGAGAAGUCAAAGAUCUUCCGGGACAUGGCAGACAGCUCUGUGCAGGAAGACAUGCCUGGCUCCAGGCUGCUCUUCAGAGCCAACACAGAAGAGGCACCAAAAGGAGAGGCCAUUAUGAAAACUGCAAUAAAUGAAGUUGAACUCCUGCAAGAUCUGGUGAACAGGAGCCUGGGCACUGCCCUUGGACAGCAGGUCAGCAGCACUGCCAUGGAACAAGAAGGAGGAGUUGGCCCCAUCUCUCUCCCUAGAAGAGCAGAAACUUUUGGUGGAUUUGACAGUCAUCAGAUGAAUGCCUCCAAGACAAAGCAGAAGGGAGGUGUUUCCUCCUGCAGAGAGGUGGAAGGUCCCAGGACGUGGCGCAGGAGAGAAGGUGGAGCAAAAGAUGAAGGUGAUGAUGCUCAGGACCUUCGAAGAACAGAGUCGGACAGCAUUUUAAAGAAGGGUGGAAAUGCUAAUCUGAUGUUCAUGUUGAAAAGGAAUAACGAGCAGGUCCUCCAGACCAUUACCAGCCUCCAUAAGCUGCUCAGCGCUUUGCAGGGCGUUGUGCUGCAGCAGGACACCUACAUUGAGGACCAGAAGCUGGCUCUGAGCGAGAGGGCUCUGAGCGAGAGGGCUCUGAGCCGAAGCUUCUUCCGUCCGACCUCGCUGCUGGAGCAGGAGAAGCAGCGCAACCUGGAGAAGCAGCGCCAGGAGCUGGCCAAUCUGAAGAAGCAGCAGACGCAGCACCAGGAGGAGAGGCGGAGGAGGGAGAAAGAAUGGGAAGUCCGGGAGAAGGAGCUGGCGGAGCAGGAGGCCCACCUGGCCCAGCGAGAGGAGCAGGUGCAGAGAGGGUGGCAGGAUCUGGAGCGGGAACGAGAGGAGCUGCAGGUGAAGAAGGCAGCCUACCAGCUCGACCUGGAGAGGCUUCGCGCCGCACAGAAGCAGCUGGAGAGGGAGAAGGUGCAGUUCAAGCAGGACGUGGAGCGGUUAGCUCAGAUGCGGCAGGAGCCCGACCACAACCAGGUCUCAAAUCUACAUGAGAAACUUGCAAGAGUCUCUUCUCAGUCCAGCAUGGAUGACUCCUCCAAGCAGAAGAGCCCUUCCCUUCCUAAACAAGGGCACUUUGAUGCAGAACUCUCUGUCUCCCCCAAAAGGAACAGUCUUUCAAGGACACACAAAGAGAAAAGCACUUUCCAUUUGCUUAGCACAACAAACCAGACUAACAAGGCAGCUGAGGAACAGCCCCAGAUGCCUACUCGCCUCUUCAGUUUAUCCAAACCAAAGGAGAAGAAGGAAAAGAAGAAAAAGGGCAGGGGACAUCGCUCCCAACAGUCUGAUUCUCACUCAUCAGAAGCACCUCCAGAGGGUGAGGAGAUCUUCUGCUGA